AUGCAUUUCCAUCAAAAAUUGCUGUCUGCUAUACAGGCACAAAAAUCUCGGUGGCAUGUGUCGGAAUCAACACCACAGCAUAUCAAGAUGAAAUCUUGGCAGAUGCAGACAUACCAGAGCAUUCUUCUCCAGCUUAUAUUUGCUCUGCUCAUAGCUAAGCAGGAGGCGACUUUUGACCUGAACCUUCGUUGUCACCUGCCAUCAUCCAAAUACGAACUACUCACAUCGCUCGUGGAAACCUGUCGGCAGCUGGGAUUGUUCUCGUAUCCGAAUAUGCUAGCUCAGCAUCCCCUUGAUGCGCCAGUAGCUCUCAUCUGGGUAAGUGUGGAAGAAGCUAAGCGAUUCGGGUUGGCUCUUUAUAAGUUAUGCCGGCUAUGUGGGCCAAAACAGAUAGUCGAUUCUGAUGGUCAAAGUCACGGUGGCUCACAAAUGAGUGCACUUCUUACGCUCGCAGAUCUGGACUUUAGCAUGCCAGAUAGUGAUGAGGUGUGGAAUGCUUCAUCGGAGGAACGGGGAAGCACCCUACACAAUAUGACUUUACAGCACUCUUUUAGAGAUAACCGCGACACCAGUGGCUGGAUAUCCCAAGCAUCUGUCCACUUGCACGAUGAUUAUGUUCAUUUCGAUUGGAUUUGA